UAUUCCCCUCAACCAACAAGUUGUACAUCCAGCAUGAAGGUGUUCAUAACUAUCUUGGCUUUGGCCAUUGCCUCCGCAUCUGGCGCCGCGGUGCCCUCCGCUGUGGAGAAAGCCGUUAACCUGAAGGAUAUUUCCGGCCGCAUUACCAACGGAUACCCAGCCUACGAGGGCAAGGCUCCCUACACUGUCGGUCUGGGCUUCAGCGGUGGUUGGUGGUGCGGUGGUUCCAUCAUCUCCAACACCUGGGUCCUUACUGCUGAGCACUGCACCAGCAGCGCUGAGUCCGUCACAGUCUACUUUGGUGCCACAUGGCGCACCAACGCCCAGUACACUCACUGGGUUAGCCGCAAUGACAUCAUCAACCAUGGAUCCGCCGAUAUCGCUUUGAUCCGCAUUCCCCAUGUCGAUUUCUGGCACAUGGUCAACAAGGUUGAGCUGCCCAGCUACAACGAUCGCUACAACGACUACAACGGAUGGUGGGCUGUUGCUUGCGGCUGGGGUGGUACCUAUGAUGGCUCUCCUCUGCCCGAUUGGUUGCAGUGCGUCGACUUGCAGGUUAUUUCCAACAACGAGUGCGCUCAGACCUACGGCACUGGCACCGUUAGGGAUAACAUCAUCUGUGUGAGGACUCCCGAUGGCAAGUCCACUUGCAACGGUGACUCUGGCGGUCCUCUCGUUUCCCACGAUGGCAACAAAUUGAUUGGUGUUACCAACUUCGGUACCUCCUCCUGCACAUCUGGAGCCCCAGCUGGUUUCCAACGUGUCACCUACCACUUGGACUGGAUCCGUGACCACACUGGCAUUUCUUACUAAUAAGCUUUAGCUUCAAUAAAAACUUAGUUGAUUAAAAA